AUUUCAGUUGUUUUUCAUUUCUUUCGCCAGUAGACUAGUGUCAGACGGUUGGUAGCUUGUAAUCACUUCCCUUUUAUCACUAGCAAGACAGUGGCUCCAGUAUACAACAAUCCAAUACAUUUGUGUGUAGGCAUAAUAUACAGAAUUAUUAUCUAGCAACUUAUAGUUCUGAUUGUGAUUAUCCUGUUAUGCUGAAUAGUCCUCCUACAAGCUGCUAAUGUAACUCUUAUGUCAAUUGCAAUUAUUAAUACAUUAUAUCUAUCCUUUGCCUAUAUAUUUGCUAUACUGUAGCUAGUCUGUAUGUCAUUGGUUUGGUAGUCUUUUUGCAGUUUUUGAUUAAAGGCUUGCUUCAGUGACAGAGUCAUCUUCCUACAUGUCUUUAUUCUCUCUCCUUGUUUUGGCUUUUGCUUUUUUCAGCACUAGUAAAAGCACUCUACAAUCUGUUGAAGUCCUAAGCUCCCCAUCUACUGGUAAUGCAAUCAAUGGCAUUUGUAGGCUAGGAGGCUCAAUAGUAGUAUCAACUACUAGUAAUACUAUAUACUCUAUCUCUCUCAGUGGAGGAGUCCUUUUGUCAUUGCAUCAGUUACAUGUCAGUAAUGGUGGACUGGCCUGCAGUGGUAGCAGCAAUGUCACUAUGUGCCUAUACAACAGUUCUUGCUUCUCCAUUAGUGAUAAUAGAGGAUUGUAUGAAGUUUAUCGUCCUACUGGUUUAUCUUAUUCUGCAUCUUCCAGUGCUGUUUUUUACUACAAAGGAUUGGUUUAUGCUGGGAUGUUUCGCUCAAAUAGUGCCCUUGAACUGAUUCAUUUAGUUAAGAUUAGCUCUAAUGGUGAAGCAUUCUAUUCUGUGUCUCAUUCAAAUUUUCAAAGACGCUUUGUGAGUGGAUUUGGAACUGAUAGCUACCUUUAUUUUGCAGUUGAAGACCCACACCCAAAGCACUAUGACAUUCGCUUGCUGAGAAUAUGUAAAAAUAAUGGCAGCAUAGAUGCACUGUAUGAGCUUCACCUAAAAACUCUACCAAAGACAAACAAGCUAGUCAAUGCUGCAAUCAUCACUAUUAGUGAGAAUGCUCCUAUUGUGGUAUUUACAAUGGCAAGUGAAGGCAGCAGUGGAUUGUAUUGGUAUAGACUGAGCACAAUUAAUAAUGAAAUGGAAUUGAGUUUUAUUAACUGCCUUGCUGGGGAUAGUUUUAAGUUACCAUGGGAUCGUGAAAGACGUGAUUGUGACCAAUUUGAUACUGCUACUCCAACUCCAACUCAUUGCAACUUUAAUAAGGGGAGUUCCCAUGUAGAAGCACUCCACAUGCGAUCAGACAUACAAUAUGCAGCUAUAUUGGAAAUGAAUGCUCUCAUUACUGCUAGCAUUUUCUUUAAGUAUCACUCUGUAUUGCUCUUAUAUGUGGCCUAUGAUAACACUAGUCUGUCAUCAAUCAAUAAAUAUUUGGUCUACAAUGAGACUGAUCCUCAAUUGCUGAACACAGUAAAUGUGGAAGAGUCAGUCUAUCACUUUGACUAUAGUUUACAGCAUAAUGUCCUCAUUGCUUCAUCUAACACUUCAGUGUACUUUGUUCCACUUGAUGAUUGCUCCAAUUAUGAUAACUGUCAUGAUUGUACUCAAGAUUUCUUAUGUGGCUGGUGUGUCGUUGAGAACAAGUGCAGCUCUGAAUUUAACUGUGACCAUGGCAAUCUCACUGGACACUGGAUACAAGAAGAUGACCAUUGCCCUUACAUUGAAGCUACAAUGGACAGUAUAUCUACAGACUCUAUUGCAAUACCACUAUUUAGUAAUGGGACAGUUCCAGCAGCACCAGAUAAUGAACAGUAUAUUUGUUUGUUGGAGAAUCCAAUGACUAAUUUCAGUUACAACUGUCCGUUCAUUAAUGGAAGCUGUCAGAUCAGCUCCUUGCCUUCAAUUGAUGAAGAAACAAUGAGUAUUAAUAUUCAUUUGCAAUUGUCAAGUGAAGAAUCUCCCUUUGUUUCUAUGACCCACUCUGUAUUACUUGUCAAUUGCAGCAAACACAUAAAUUGUACUCAUUGUGUCUCUCGUGAUGCUUGCGGUUGGUGUGUUGAUGAUAUGACUUGUAGCGGAGGCUCUUUGUCCUGUACCACUAACAGCAGUUGGUAUCCUGCUACACCAUCUCAUUCAGUUAAUGAUAUUUGUCCUUACAUUCAAGUCCCUGAUUCACAUUAUAAGAUAUCAAUCUCAUCAAUAAAAGAAGUGCUACUUGUAGGAUACAAUAUUCCUCAAUCCAGUGCUUUUAAUGGAGAUUAUAUUUGUUACAUGUUUCAAGGCAGCAGUGUACUGGAAGGCAGUGGUGCUUAUCAUAACAGCACUCAUGUACAGUGCUCUUUCACUGAAGUGAAUACUUUCAGUGAUUCUCGUGAAGUUGUCAGUCUUUCUGUGACGUGGUCAUCACAUUAUUCAUCGGUUCCUUACAAACUGGAAAUCAUUGAUAACUCAAAUAUUAUUACCCAUGAUAUACCAGCUUUAUUAUACAACUGUUCAGUGUUUGGUGGUUCUUGUACAUCGUGUGUUGAGCGUAGUCAAUUGGUUGAUAUUGACUGUGUUUGGUGUGAUGGAGGCUGUCACUCUAACUGCAUCAAUGAUGCCAUUGAUACACUACAUAAAUGUCCUCAACCAACCAUUAAUUUGGUGUAUCCUUUAUCUGGCUCAAUAUCUGGUGGUACGAUAUUGACACUGUAUGUUCAUGAGUUGCCUCUCAAUUUUUAUGAUAUUCUCUCAGUUGAUAUUGGAUCAGUGGAAUGCUCAUUGAUUGAGUCUUCAUUUGUAUCAGGUAGUGCUGUUAGUUGUGAAACUGGGCCUACUCUUCUCAAUGGAUUAUAUAACAUUACCUUAUUGCUUAACAUCAGUGGAGAGCUGGUUACAGUCAACCCAGGCACACAGUUCUUGUAUGAAAAUGUUAAGGUGGCUAGAAUAGUGCCAGUAUGGGGCCCAAUAGCUGGUGGCACACUACUAACAAUCACUGGGUCUUAUCUGUACAUUGGAAACCCAUCAUUAACAUACAUACUGGUAGCAGGAAAAAACUGUACCAUAAUAGAGCUGAUGCGUGAUUCCAUGACAUGCCGUACUGAUCCUGUAGAGUCUGUGAGGUCUGGUAGCAUUGAGAUUGUCAUUGAUGGCAUUACUGUAUCUACUGAUACAAGAUUCCAGUAUCGCACUAAUCCAAUGCUUACCCGACUAGUACCUAACAUGAUCAUACCAGCUGGUGAUAUCACACUCUCCUUUUAUGGUAACCACAUGGCAUCAGUGUAUAAUCCUUUGCUGGUGAUAAAGCACAGUAAUCUUACUUACAUACAGUAUUGUGUGGUGAAUAAUGAUGCUCUGAUACAGUGUCGGUCACCUUCUAUUAGUGACUCAGGUCCAACUGAUGGCAGGAGUAGCUUAUCUUAUGUGCUGGUAUUAGAUAAUAUUAAUAUCACUGGCCCUCCUCCUCUUGAACUCAGACCUAAUCCAGCUUUCUCUAUUGUUACCAAGGAAGGACCGACUGUUACCAUAAGAGGAGAGUACAUUGAUAGCGUAUUGCCUAGUGAGAUAGAGGUCACAAUACAAGAAGAAAUCUGUGUCAUUGAGUCAAUUACUGCUACUAUAUUAACAUGUAUUGCUCCUGAAAUCAGUUAUACUGGAUCAAGACUCAAAAUUGAUGUUAUUGUUACUGUUGCUAAUUAUUCGGUGAAUGUAGGCCAGGUUGAAUAUUCACGUGGUGCCGAAGGAUCAUCAUUCAGUCUUAUUCUUGUCAUUAUUAUUGUCAGCAUUUCAUUCGUAACGGCUCUAAUGAUGCUGUUGGUUGCUGUGGCAGCUGUCAAAUACUGGAAGGCUAAGCAUCCUCCACUUCAGAACCUAACAAGGAGGGUAAUACCAAGAGCUGGUGCAAGGAAUCGUAACAAGAUAUUUGAGCUAAGCCUUCAGCCAUCAAACCACUACUGUGAUGUAAUAGAGAGAUCAACUGAUGGAGAGAAUAUAUAUGACACUAUCAAUGAUAACAGCAUAUUAUAUGAAAAUCAACACUCUGAUGCUGAGAAGAGAGCCCAACUGUUUCUACCUUUAUAUUCAAACAAUGCUGCCUCAUCAGCUAACAGCAAUCAGAGGCCAGUGUCUGAUCUCAUACCUUACUACUCAUCCUCUUCCCAGCUACCACACCACAAUAAACCAUCAGCCCAAGUAUUUGCUUCUAUAUCAUCACCUGAUCUCUCUUCCCAGCCUUUGCCUCCUGCCAGUGGAUCUACUGCAUCAGUCACUGCUUUGCUACCAGGACCAAGAGAAGAGAAGGAGACUGAAGCAAUAGUACACAUCAAUGCUGAAGAAGAUGUGUUUACUGAUGAUGAAGUUUCUCCUGGUCCCCUUUAUUCUAAGAUUAACAAGAAGCUGACUCCUAUUCAAGAAGACUCAAUCAACACUGGAGGAGACACGUACUCUAAGCUACGCGAGCAUGAAAGAAGGCCAAAAUUCCUCACAAUACCACAAGAAGAAUAUAUUCCAAUGCAUUCAGUAGCAGGACCAUCACCGACAUCAGAAUCAUCACAACCUCCUCCUCUACCUCCUCCAGCAGCUACAAAGUCCGUAUCUAGUGAUUAUGUCCAGAUGGUUUCAGCUGCUACUACACCUCAGGAGGGUCUCCAACCUGCAGCAGUAAGACCCGAGAGUAGCUACGUUGUCAUGAGGAGUGUCUCUGUCAGUUCUGAAACAGCAAAGUCUCCCAGCUCUCAGAGAAAGAAGCAUCCAUCACAGCAAGGAAAGAAGACGAGUUUGAGUGAAAGUGAACCAGACGUGUUCCUCACUAGCAGUGAUUACGUCGACAUACAACCAAACUAAAAACUGUUAUUAUAAUGUAUGCCACUGUAUUUAAAAAUUAAACUGUGUAUUACUAUUAUUUAUACUGCACUAUGCACUACAUACAACUCAUUAUCAUUACGAUCUUAAUUGCA